ACUGAAUGGAAAUUGUUUGCAUUAUUGGUUUUUGUCCAGCGGUAGUUACAGUUGAACUCGUGUCAGCAUGAGCUUCCAGAGAAAGGCUAUCAUCAUAGAUGCACAGGGUCACUUGCUUGGUCGUCUUGCUGCUGUAGUGGCAAAGACUUUGCUACAAGGGCAAAAGGUUGUUGUGGUGAGAUGCGAGAAUAUCAAUAUAUCUGGCUCGUUCUAUCGCAAUAAGUUGAAAUAUCUCGAUUUUUUGAAAAAGAGGAUGAAUACUAAUCCAUCUAGAGGACCUUAUCACUUCAGGGCACCUGCUAAGAUUUUUUGGCGUACAGUUCGUGGAAUGCUCCCACAUAAACUGCAUCGUGGGAAACUGGCACUUGACAGGUUGAAGGUUUUCGAGGGUAUUCCUCCCCCAUACGACAAGAAGAAACGAAUGGUGGUUCCUUCGGCCUUACGAGUAAUACGACUGAAACCAGGUCGCAAGUUUUGUGUGUUGUCGCGAUUAUCAAAUGACGUUGGGUGGAAAUACAAGAAUAUUAUUGAAAAAAUGGAGAACCGCCGAAAGGCUAAAGCUGCAGUUUGGUACAAGAAGCAGAAGCUGAUUACGAAGCCUACAGAAGCAGCUAGAGGACGAGCAAAAGAAGCCAUUGCCCCCUAUCAAGCCAUUCUGAAGCAGUACGGAUAUUCAUAGUCAAAUGCAUUUUAUGGUGAUUAAAUUGUUGUAGUUGGAUAUUUUCACUUAUUUGUAAGAAUGAUGGCUGGUCAAAAGAGCUCAACAUGUUUUUGGGUUAGAUGGCGAACCUUAGUAAUCAGAUAGUGUCAAACGUCGACGGGAAAGGACUUAUCUCUAAAUAGUGUUGACAAAGUGUGGAACAACAGACAUUUGCUUUAGUCGAUUCUCCACGUAAAUAAUAUUCCGUUUUAUUGUUGAUUAAGUGGAUUGGAGUUUGGAUUCUUGUUAUAAUGUUACUCCUCUCAUCUAACCACAAUUUGUAUUCUUUAGUGUAUUGCCUACGUAAGAACGGAGUUUGAUAGGGGAGCUUUGAAUCUCUGAUUGUAAUUUUGACUGAUAACACGAGGAAUCCGAUGCUUAAGAGGUCACAUGGUGUAGCAAAAUCAUGUAACCAUAUUGUUAGGCAACUUUGGCAUGCUUGAUUAGUGG